AUGUCAAAUAAAGAAAAUUUAGAAGAAAUCAUCAAAGGUAUCCAAGAAAAUAAAAUUUUAGAAGCUUUUGAUAAAUAUUAUCAUGAUGAUGUAAUUAUGUUUGAAAAAGGUGACUCAACCAACCGUGUUGGUAAAGCUGCAAAUCGUAAAGCUGAAGAAGGUUUUGUAAAUAAUGCUACCAUCCAUGAAGCAAAAGUAUUAAAACUUUUAGUUGAUGGUGAUAAUACUGCCUAUGAAAUGUUAAUGGACUUUACCUAUGGUGGUAAUCGUAUCACAAAAACCCAAUGGGCCAUUCAACAAUGGAAAGAUGGCAAAGUUAUUAAAGAAGAAUUCUAUUAA